AUGUACGCUGUCGACGUCACCCCACUGCGUGCAGCACCGCCGCUGCAGGUGCAGCCGUCCACAGCAGAAAGGAACGCCUCACCUGUUUUCUCCGACGAAGAAGCCUCCCCGCAGCUACCCAACUCCACCACUGCCUCCGAGUCGAUGUCUGUUUCAGCGAUCAAGGCGGCGGCUCCUCUGCACGCCCGCACCACCUUUGCGCGUACCAACCUCACAACUCUUCCACGAGCACCGACUGCCCAGGCGCAUCGUGAUGGACCGUCUGCCGUGUCACCGCUGCAGCCAACGGCCAUCGCAACGCCGUCUCGCCCUGCCCCCUCACCCGUGCGGUCUUUGUUAGACUUCUACCUUGGCACCUCGCCGUCGCCGCGCCACUCUGUCGAUGAUGGGCAGACCCAUUCCCCCACCGCAUCUCCGCGUGGCCGCCGGAGCCGAGAAGAGCAACAGCACCCCUCGCCAUCGGAUCCUGCUGCUUCGCAUUCCUCGGCAUCUGCCUCCUCAGAGACAUCUCAUCGCAGUCCAGUGCCGACGCGCAGUUAUCUAGAUGAGUUCUUAGCCGCAGAUACCGAUGAUGCUUACGCGCUUCACGGUGCUGCGGUGGUGCACUAUCCAGCUGGUUCUGUUAACGACUUCGGGAGCAAACAGCCGGUGACACCAGGAAGGCUCCGCGUUGUGGGCGUUGCCAUGGACAACUCCCCAGUGCUGCCGCAGAUGUGGGAAGAGACGAGCUCCUCCAGCUCUUUUGUUUCAUCCGUCUCCGCCUCGUCUGCCGUGAAGACGGCGGCGUCUGAUGAUGAGGGCUCGCGGUGCGCUGCGGUCGAGGCCGCGGAGGACAUUCAUCCGGAUCAGAAACCAGUGAAUCGGCCGGCCGUUGGAUCCGCAGAGAGCAGCAGGCCGCUUCCACGUCCGACUCUCGUGGAAGGGGCACUUCACACAUCAGUGUCAGAGACGUUCGUCCCCCCUCAAGCGGUGCCGAUGCAAGCGAAAACGGAAGGCGAGUCCCCCAAUGUAGGGGAGCAGCCGACGGUGGAGAGAGAGCUGUUAUUUCCUGCCACGCAGAAAGAAAAGCACGACUUGACGUCUCAGCCGCGUCAAGCUACUGCCGUCCUUUCAUCGUCGUUUUCUCCCUGGAAGCUGCGCUCGACCUCCCCCGAGGCUUCGCCACCAAGCAGCGGCGCAGCGGGUCAAAGCAGUGUUGUUCAUGGCAGCGGCGUCACUGCCACUCCAAACUCGGCGCAGCCGCUGUUGGUCCCUCCGUCUCCAGCAGCCCCAUACGCACGUGCGGCAUCGUUGGAAACGGCGAAUAGCCACGGUCGCACCGUUUCCGUGCCCUUUCAAACCUUUACGGCCCUCUCUUCGCUCCGUAGACGACAGAACACGCAGACGGACACUGGUGAGGCUCGGGAGUCGCUCCUACGCGCUCGCCAAGACUUCUCGGCACGGAGGCCGCAGUGGGCUUUCCCUGCGGAGGCGACUCCCGCAAGUGCGCAGCCCAUGCUACCGGAGCGAAGCGAGGUCUUCUCGAAACAUGCGACGCAGGAAAUUGCCGACGUACAGAACAGACGACGACGGUCGGCCGACGUGAACCCUUCGACCCAACGGUCUUCUCAGUACGCGGUCGUGUCACCUGAGGUAAUGCACGGCGAUCCGGCGACGGCGGCAGCGCCCAUUGUGCGUCGCCCACGCAGUGUUGUGGCUCGUCUUUACCCCUCGGCUAUGUCACACAGCGCACCAGCGCACUCGAACUCGCCAACUCAUAGUGCAGGGAAGACGGCGCAACAACAGACACAUGCGGAGGGGCCACGCUGGAACGCAUCCACGAAGAUUUGCGACAACGUUCUCACGCAAAGCGGCGAGGUGGCUGAUACACGCGAGGAGAAACUCCAACGAAGCCGUAGUUGCGGGCGUGCUGAUAGCGCAGAAGAGCGUCCAGGAGCACGUCCGCGUUUGCGCAGCGAGUCGGCUCAUCCCUCGCCUGCGCCGCCGCCACUCCACACGCGCACUUCUCUCCUGCGGUUGCAGGCCACGUCGGCGCGCAGAGCGCAAGAGGCGGCGGAACUUGAAGAGGAGUUGCAUCCCACGUUUCAUCCGGAGUUGGCACCGAACAGCAUGCGGAUUUGCCGCGAGAAGCUGCGAGCACUGACAGUUGAAGCAGCGGGUGAAAAGAGCGAUGAUGACACAACGCAGAAGCCGCAAAGAGAAUCCACGCCUGCCGCACCCACACUCAUCGCACCGGACACAAUCGACAACGAAUGCAACAAAAAAGCGCUCCUUAUAGAUGGCAGUCUCUCUUCACGGCAAGGAAAACAGAAGCUGUCGCCUCGUGGCACACCAUCUGACAACGUAACGACAAGGGUGGGAGAUCGCCUGCACGCAGAAGCGGCACAGCGGAGGCAACGUCAGGAGCGGCGCAAGCAGGCGUACGAGUGUGAAACGGAGGCACAGGAACAGGCAGCGCGUCAGGAACGGAAAACUACACUGCAGCACCACCAAACGACCUCCACUCCAGUGUCAUCGUCGGUGCCUGCGAUACAUCCAGCGGGAGAACAACGUUCGCAGAACCAGAUACUAAAAGAGCCGUCAUGCGCUGCGAACACCCAGUCACCGUUAGUGAGUCGCCGCACGGCUGAGAAGGAAAACAUGGGUCUGCAACCCAUUCUUCUACCUGCUUCUCUUCCUUGUAAGAGUACCGCGGCGGAUGCCCCGGUAGCUGGAAGCCCACUACCGCGGGUAGACCUGUACAGUUCCACGGAGGCCGACCCGAUCGCAGAAGAGGCGGCUGGUGCUUCUGUGCAACGGCAGCGUGUCGAGGAACGCCUGCUCGCGUUUGCAGAGGAGCGCAGGCGCCGUCUGUACCGGAUGCGGCACCACGCCGACACACACGACGCUACAACGGGUCAGCGCCUUUUCAGACCGUUUACCGGACGCUGA